AUGGUUUAUAGAAUUUUGAAAAUAAAGGAUCCAGUGCUAUCCACAUUAGCCAUUAUUAAUAAUGAUCUAAACACUAUCACAUUUGAUGAGUGGAAUGUAUUGAAAGUGCUAUGUCAAAUAUUAAAAAUAUUUUAUGAUGUAACUAAUGAAAUAAGCUCAGAAAAUUAUAUAUCUAUAUCUAAAGUAACAAUAUUUUCAAGGGCGAUGGUCAACUAUGUAUCAGGGUUCACUAAUAACAGUAUAAUGCCAACUGAAAUUUGUUCAGUGGCAAAAAUUCUUAAAGAUAAAUUACAUUCAAGAUCUGACCAGCUUGAAAAUAAUGAAGUUGUGAUGCAAUCAAUAUUAUUAGAUCCACGUUUCAAAAAACAAGGAUUUCCAAAUGAUCAAAAAUACCAAUCGGCAUAUCAAUCUUUAUCAAGGAAAGUGCAAAUCGUAUCUAUCGGACAAGAUGCUCAAGAACCAGAAGCAACAUUAGGUAUUGGUCCACUUUCUGGACCGGAGACUAUUUGGAAGGAUUUUGAUACCAGAGUUAUUGCAGUAAGUGGUGGUUCGAAUGUGACAGUAGCUGGUAUAUUAGAAUUGGAUCGAUACAUUGCUGAACCUUUAUUAAAAAGAACGGAAGAUCCAUUAGUUUGGUGGAAUGAACGUAAGUUAAUUUAUCCAAAACUAUACCAAUUAGUUUGUCGUAGGUUAUGCGUUGUAGCCACAUCAGUUCCAUGCGAGCGCAUUUUCUCUAAGACUGACAUGGUGUUGACGGAGAAACGGUCAAGACUCACGACUGACAAAGUUGAAAAGUUGUUGUUCCUAAAUCAUAAUUUAGAUUAA